GUAGUGCAACAGCAACAUGUCAACCCAAAAGGCCUAUAUAUGUUCUCCUUUGUAUUUUGUAUAUGUACAGAGAACUCGAUAAAACAAACUUACCCUUACCCACCAUUUCUCUCUCUCGCUCUCUCUCUCUCUCUCCUUCGUAGCUUGUUACCCUUUUUCUAUUGUUGUGCUUUGGAAAGCUGGGUGCAGACGGUUGAUUUUUGACAUACAGGUGCAUCUAAACUCAUGGGAACCAAUUUUCUAUGGAACUGUACUAAAAAGUUCGUCACUGCUUCGAUCAUCACCGUGACUGUGUCUGAUCGUUUUGUGACCAUUAUUCCAGUUCGAGGUGGCUCUAUGUCUCCCACAUUUAAUCCUAAAUCCGGUUCUCAGAUGGAAGAUGUUUUUGAUGACUAUGUUUUGGUUGAGAAAUUUAGCCUUGGGAAGUACAAUUUUGCACAUGGUGAUGUGGUAGUUUUCCGCUCUCCACUGAAUCACAAGGAGACACAUAUAAAGAGAAUAGCUGCAUUACCUGGUGAAUGGUUUGGCACUUAUCAUAACAAUGAUGUGGUUCAUAUUCCUCUAGGACAUUGUUGGGUUGAGGGAGACAACAUAGCUUCUAGCAUGGAUUCAAAGUCAUUUGGACCAAUUCCUUUGGGCCUAAUUCGGGGAAGGGUUACCCAUGUUGUGUGGCCUCCUCAAAGAAUAGGAGCUGUCAAGAGUAUUCCACCACAAGGAUUAGCUUCUUUUUAGUUGGAUCCCAACUCUAUUGUUUGGCCUGAUUAAAUAAUAGGUAUGAAAGAACUACACAGGAAGUAUUAUCUUCUGAUCUCUGACCUUGUUCCCUUAGAUGGUGAAGACCAUUCUUUACUUAAUUUGUGACUUUGUGUCGAUGGAAAGGAGUAACCUUGAAUCCUCAAAUGUUGAUUACAUUCAAAGCAAGGUAACCUAAAGGGUUACAAAUAAGAAGAAUGAUAUCUUAAUUGCUCCUUUCUAGGGAGAAAUUGGUGAAAACUCAAUAAUAACAAUGUGAUACCGCUCUUUCGAAAGGUGUCAGGACAUGUCUAGUUACUGCUACCAUAGAUUUUUUGAGCACUCAUUCAUACUGUUGGUGCUGUAGUUCUGGUUGAGGAUGAGAGAUUUGUUGCAGUAAUAGCUAAAAGAUGCCGUCAUUAUUUAGAGAAAUUAUUAUUUGAAAGUAAA